AUGGAUUCUGUUUUAUCUCCUCGCAUCUUUCUCGCACAAAGCUUCAUUAAUUCAAGGUCGCCUAGGUUUGCUGCUACUUGCUGGAGAUGGGUUAGUACGUCUUCAUGUUGGGAUAUCAAAGCUACUGGGAAUAGUGAUCGCAACGUGUUCGAUGAAAGUCCUCUGAGAGGAUCUGACGAGUCGUUGUUUGAUUCUGCUUCGUUCGAGACAGUUGACGCGGAAAUCACUCCCGAAACUGUUGAUUUCUUCGUGAGCGAUGCAGAGGGUGAUCCAGAUUGUCCUACUCAAGGCUAUUCCUCUAUCGAACUUGCUCUUCAAGCUAUACGCAAAGGAAAGUUUGUGAUCGUUGUUGACGAUGAAAACGGGGAUGUUGAAGGGAAUCUGAUCAUGGCGGCAACUCUAACGAGUCCAAAAGACAUAGCCUUUCUAAUAAAAAAUGGCUCUGGGAUUGUCUCAGUUGGGAUGAAGAAAGAAGACCUCGAAAGAUUAAAGCUUACCCUGAUGUCACCUGAAAUGGAAGAUGAAGAUUCCUCCGCACCAACUUUCACUAUCACCGUGGAUGCGAAAUCUGGGACAUCAACUGGAGUAUCAGCUUCAGACAGGGCGAUGACGGUUCUUGCGCUUUCGUCUCUCGAAGCUAAACCAGAUGAUUUCAGGAGACCAGGUCAUGUGUUCCCUCUCAAGUACAGAGAGGGUGGGGUUUUGAGGAGAGCCGGACACACUGAAGCUUCAGUGGAUCUAAUGGUAUUGGCUGGUUUACGCCACAUCUCUGUUCUUUCAGCUAUUCUCGAUCAAGAAGAUGGGUCUAUGGCCUCGCUUACGUAUAUGAAAAAGCUUGCUUCGGAACACGACAUUCCGAUUGUAUCCUUGACUGAUCUAAUCAGAUAUCGAAGAAAGCGAGAGAAGCUUGUGGAGAGAAUCACGGUGUCUCGUUUGCCUACCAAAUGGGGUCUUUUCGAAGCUUAUUGUUAUCGAUCUAAACUCGAUGGAACCGAAAAUAUCGCUCUCGUUAAGGGAAAGAUUGGAAACGGCGAGGACAUUUUGGUACGAGUGCAUUCAGAGUGUUUAACCGGAGACAUUUUUGGUUCAGCACGGUGUGACUGUGGAAACCAAUUGGAGUUAGCCAUGGAGCUAGUCGAGAAAGAGGGAAGAGGAGUCGUUGUGUACCUCCGUGGCCACGAAGGAAGAGGCAUUGGCCUUGGUCACAAGCUUAGAGCUUAUAACUUGCAAGACGAAGGACACGACACCGUUCAAGCCAAUCUUGAACUUGGUCUAGCCAUUGAUGCUCGUGAAUACGGUAUCGGUGCUCAGAUUCUUAGGGACAUAGGAGUGAGAACAAUGAGACUGAUGACGAACAAUCCGGCCAAGUUCACUGGACUGAAAGGGUACGGACUCGCCGUAGUUGGGCGUGUGCCGGUGGUGACACCAAUCACCAAGGAGAAUAGAAGAUAUAUGGAAACCAAACGCAAGAAGAUGGGUCACAUUUAUGUCUCUGAUAUCGAUGAUCAGCCGUUGGCUUGA